AUGUAACAAGCGGUGACACCGACGUAUCCUAUCAUUGCGUUUUGCGGUUUAUCGCUGACAAGAGCUCGAAGGUGAAACGUAAAUAGCGAGGCAAAAGAGAAGUACACGACGCGAUGCGGCUGCAAAUUUUCGCAGCGUUAAUCUCUAUGAUCGUUCUUCAGACGUCGACUACGUCGGUCACUGGUCCUCAACCGAUCGUACCGAGAGUAGCGUUUUGGUGCGGGAAAGUCAACCAGCAUGUCGACAUGGUGUCUGGAGAGUGGGUGACCGACGAAGACGGCGUGUCAGGAUGUGUUGACACGUCAGACAAGAUCGCCAUCUUGCGCUACUGUCAACAGACAUAUCGUCAAAUCACUGUGGUCAACGUGUUUGAGGACGUUGAGAAGACGGUGCAUAGGUGGUGCGAGAGAGGAAACAAGAACUGCAUCUACUAUGCGAUGAGACCGACAUUUGUUUGCGUUGCUGGUCAUUUUGAAGCUCCCAGGUUGGAAGUUCCCCAAGGAUGUCAUUUCACUCACCUGUAUGAGCCCCAUCACUGUAAGGAUAAAGAAACAUGGCAAAGGGCAGCAGAAUACCAGUGUAGACGUGGAAGACAGGUUCUCCAUAACAAGGGAAUGCUUGUGGAGUGUGGACCCAAUGUUUAUCGAGGAGUUGAAUUUGUUUGCUGCCCUCAUAUUGAAGAAGAAACAACACCAGAAGCACUGGCAACACCAGUAAUUGAUGAGCAAACAUUUACCACCGCAGAACCACUUGACGAAUCAGAAGCAACUACAAGGGUUAUGAAAGUGGACCAUCCUCUAGUCCAUCAUGCUCUCAUUUCUCCUAAAGAAUGCAGUCGGGGUGUUCUAAAUGAUCAGUACAAGACCAUGCGUGAAGAAAUGGAUAACCACCAGAAGCAGAUAUUACGUGAGAUUGUUGGUGUGUAUAGACGACAAAAAGAGGCAGCUGACCAGCUAAAAGAAAGAGAACCAGAGGCAGCACAGGCAAUGAUGGAUACAGUGAGAGAAAAUGUGAGAGCAAGGGUGGAAGCUGCAGAGAUGCAAGUCUCUAAGGAACAUCAUGGACUAAAGGCACAGUACAAGGACCAGCUAGCCAGAUGUUAUGAGCAAAAAAUGUGUACAGCAGCUCAGAUGUUUGCUGUUGUUCUGCAUGAAGACCGAGAUCACGCAGAGGGAAUUAUACGACAUGUAUCUGGUGUGAUCAACCGUCAACUGGCAAUGAAAUACCAAAAAGUGCGUGUUCAGGAGAAACACACAGACAGUGACUCCGUGGAGUCUAUGCGAGAACAUACAGUUUUGAAACAAUUUGGACGACCUGUGGAUCAAGAUCUUAACUUUACAAGGACAUUCUUGGUGUUAGCUGCCAGGCUGCUCAGAGGUGCCAAUGUUCAGCUUCGAGAUUGUUCUCUAGUUCCACCAUCUGAACAUGAUACACCAGCACCAGAGAGUGAGCGACCGUCUGUGCUAGACUUCAGUCGAUUCCUUGAACCUGGUCCAGUUAUCAUGAAUCCUAUUGUGGAUGACACUGAAGCACCAAAGACAAGCAAGCCAUCUGUUUCAGUGCCUGACCUUUCUGUACUACCUGGUCCAGUUAUCAAGUCUCAUGACACAGAAGCACCACUGAUCUCUGAACAAGAUAGAUCUAUUGAACCACCUGUCUCAAUUACUGCCGUAAAUCCAACUGUCAAGGAGCAGCCAGAAGUACCAGAGACAGUCAUAGAUGUGGGAAAGGGAAGACCAGAAGAAAACCACGCUCAUGGUAACCACCACCAUGAUGAUAUAGUGGAUGGUGGCUAUGAAGCACCUAUCCAUCAUCGUCCAGAGCCACACAAGGGAGACAUCAGUGGCAAAGUUCCUGUCUUUGUGACUGGUGAACCAGAAGACAGCAUCGAUGACAAAGAGCAUUUGAAUGAAAGGUCAUCUGGCAGCAAAAUUUAUCUUGGUGUUUCAGUUGGAUUGGCUGGUGCUGCUGCAUUGGUUGCAGUAGUUUUCCUUGUAGUUUAUGGUAUUCGUAGGCGUUAUUAUGGUGACUCCAUUAAAGUUGAGACAACCACUAUUUCUGAUGAUGAGAGAUCCAUUGAUGAUAUGGAGGCAGCCUUGCAAGAUCAUGGCUUUGUGAAUCCAACAUACAAACUUUUUGAUGAAAUGGAUGACAACCAGUAGUGUUGACGUGUAGUGAUUUGUAGAACAGGAUAUUCUGUCUUGUUGUUUUGAGCAUGCACAAUAUUAAUUAAUGGGGAAGGGCAUAGCAAGAGAGGAGUUUAGCAUCAUAGAUGGUCUCUUGUUAAGUGGGAAUUGUUUGAAGUUGCUUCUGGUAUUAGCAAUGAUAGUCACAAUUGAUAUCAGUGUGGUCAUGUCA